CAGAGCAGAUCUUACUGAGACUCACUGAAAAACAUGACAUACGCAACGGAGAUCUGGUGGAGGUGGUGCUCGCUGGAACGGCUUCAGUGAUGGAGACGAAGUACCACCCACAUUCUCUGGUCGUCCAUUCGUAUCGCACACCUACGUUUUGUCACUACUGCGGUGAGAUGUUAUGGGGACUCGUCCGACAGGGUCUAAAAUGUGAAGGCUGCGGUCUGGAUUUCCACAAGCGCUGUGUGUUUAAGUUGACCAGCAACUGCUCUCGCGUGUAUCGCCACUGCGGCCCGAGUCUGUCGCUGUUUCCUCCAGGUCGGCCCCGGACCCAGACGCUCUCCAGUCACACCGGCGGGAGUCUGGAGGAGGUGACCAUCCUAACCACGUACUGUAAGUACAAUUGUCAUCGCAGGUGUAUGACUCUUGUUCCUCCUGAGUGUAAUGGUGAGAAAGCAAACGGAGAAGAGCCUGAUGAGAACAUGAAAGUGGUCACAUUAAAUGAUCUUUAUGAAGAGCUGCGAUAUAAAGACCCGCCGGCCAUAGAUAUAACACCGCUGCAGCCGUCUGUCACUGAGUGUGCUGUAUUUUCAGAGCCUGAUGAGAACAUGAAAGUGGUCACAUUAAAUGAUCUUUAUGAAGAGCUGCGAUAUAAAGACCCGCCGGCCAUAGAUAUAACACCGCUGCAGCCGUCUGUCACAAAACGUCACUACUGGGUAUUAAAUGGGAAAAGUAUCACCCUGUAUCCGAAUGAAAUCAGCAUUAAGUACUACAAGGAGAUUUCUCUCUCAGAGGUGCUGCAGGUUCGAGGUCCGGCUCAGCUCACUAUUCCAGUGUUGCCAGGCAACAGCGCACACUCGUUCGAGCUGGUGACGGGAUCUCUGGUGUACUGUGUGUUUGCGGAUCAGGACGGCCCGUCAUGGGAGUCGGCUCUCGAUCAGGCCCUCAGACCGGUGCAGGGCACUGUAUGCCACACGACAAACAACACCGGUGAUGGAAAGAACGGUGACGAGACCCAGGACAUCAGUGAGCUCUAUCAGAUCUUCUCUGAUGAGGUUUUGGGUUCGGGUCAGUUCGGGGUGGUUUACGGAGGCACUCACAGACACACGGGCCGUCCGGUCGCGGUUAAAGUCAUCGAUAAAACAAGAUUUCCCACUAAACAGGAGGAACAGACCAAAAAUGAGGUCUCGAUAUUACAGAGACUGUCUCAUCCAGGAGUCAUUCAUAUAGAACGCACGUUUAAGACAAUGGAGCAUACUUUCGUUGUGAUGGAGAAGCUCCACAGCGACAUGCUAGAGAUGAUCUUAUCUCACGAGAACGGACGGCUGACUGAACGCACCACUCGCUUUCUAGUCACUCAGGUUUUGGAGGCUCUGCGGUACCUGCACAUGAGGGACGUUGCACACUGUGACCUGAAACCAGAAAAUGUGCUGCUGGCUUCGCCUGAACCCUUUCCUCAGGUCAAACUGUGUGACUUUGGGUUCGCUCGUAUCAUCGGACAGAAGUCGUUCCGGCGCACUGUCGUCGGGACACCGGCGUAUCUGGCACCGGAGGUCAUCUGUAGUAAGGGUUACAAUCGCUCUCUGGACGUGUGGGCCGUGGGCGUGAUUUUAUACGUUAGUCUGAGUGGAACGUUCCCUUUUAACGAGGACGAGGACAUUAAUCAGCAGAUCACCAACGCUUCGUUCAUGUAUCCACACCAGCCGUGGUCCCUCAUCUCACUGGAGGCGGUGAAUCUGAUCAAUAACCUGCUGCAGGUGGUGGUGAGACGCAGGUUCAGUGUUGGCAAAGCGAUGGGUCAUCCUUGGUUUCAGAACUUCCAAAUGUGGUGUGACCUGCGUGAGUUUGAGCAGCGGAUGGGAUAUCGCUAUCUCACGCAUGAGGCGGAUGACGAGCGCUGGAGAUCCCACGCUCUGGAGAAAGGCCUCAGUUUCCCACAACAUUUAAAAUGAAGCCAGCAGCCACUUAGAUUUUACACAGAUAUAACUGUGAAUAUUGUAUUAUAUCAGCAACUUUGUGAAUCUGCUGUUAUGUAAAUAUAAUUAUUUUGGUGCGCUUUAAUAUUUGACA